AUUCGUUGACUGAUGCUGCCUGCGUUCAUCUUUCUGUCAUAAAAUUCGCCGGAAUUUCUGCGCGUAAAGCUACAAAUUACCCAAAAUUAUGGGCGCAAAGGAUUCAGUAAAAUUUAAAGUUAAACGUUCAUAUCAAUGCGACAGUUGUGAAAAGAAAUUCGCGAACUUUAGAGCGAUGAAGGUCCAUGUUAACAGAACUCAUAAUUUAAGGUCUAGAGCUAGUAAUAAACAGCAACUGACCUCGCUUUUGGGGAAAUCUGUGAAGACUUUAGACAGUGGGAAGGGAAGUUCGAAGCUAAGCGAUGUGGUGGACCCUGCCAAGGUGUCCCAUGUGCGUAAGAUUCAGUACGAAUGCCCGCAAUGCAAGGAGCGGUUUGCUGUAUACUUUUCCGCAUUUAGACACAUCCAGAAGUAUCAUUGUGUCAACAGUAAAGGGAGAAAAGUGGCUCCCAACUCGAUAGAAAUGAUCAAGCCGAUCCGCAUAGAAGUGUGUAUGAAAUGUAACGCCAACAUACAGAUGAACGAUCCCCAUGAAGUUUGCGCAGAAGUCUCACCACGUGUGAAUGUGUUGGCCAACUACAUCUGUACGGGAUGUAAACAGCAGUUCGGCAGUUUGAUGCUGUUUGAUAUGCACGUAUCGGGUCUGCAUUGCGAUGAUGUGGAGACUCUCUUCUUUCCCUCAAGGAACGAAUUCAACUCAUGGAAAGAAGACGUUGAAUCGCAGACAAAAGUCAAGUACUUGCUCCUAGGCAAAUCGAGCAACAUAAAACAGGUCUACCACUGCACGUGCAAGACUUCAGACAGUGAAGAUGAUCAAAUCAUUCACUUCUGUCCAUCCAGCAUGUGCACCACAGACUUCACAAAGAGCAUCCAAGUGCACUUCUACAAAACUCACUUCGGUCACGAAUGCGAGUACACAAUGCCAGAUAAAUUCAAGAAGUAUUUAAGCAAACAAUUGCUUAAAGAACCAGCACCACUCACAGAGCCGUUUGAAUUAAAGAACUUGUACGCUGAUUUCAAAACACUCAUGGAGUUUAUAUUGGACGAAGCGAAGAAAGUUGACAAACAAAAGCUGGAAGUUCUGUUCAAUAAAGCCCGGGAUAUGAUCGGGUCUUUUUCUACGGAAGAACCAACGAAAACCACUAAGAAGAGUAUGACAGAUGCACAGAUAUCUGAAACGCUUGAAACGUUAGACGUUAAAAGGAAAAUUAGCACUGACAAUGUACAGGUUGAGUCAAAAAAAAUCAAACUAGACCUAAAUUUGGAUGAAGACUCAUUGGAAAAUGUUGAAGUUCAAAAAAAAACGAAAAGGAAACAAACUUCGCAACCAUCUGUCGAAACUAAAACGAAGUUGGUUACAAAAACAUCGCCUUGUUCUUCGUUAUCUUCGUUCAACGAUUCGUACAAAGAUUUCGUCGACAAAAACCUCAAAGAGGCCGAAGUUCUCAAUAAAAAAGCGAAUGAUUUCAAAAAAUUCAUAAAACAAGAAAAGGAAGUUGAGGAACCACCCCAAAAGAAGACUGUGAAUAAACCAAAUAUAGUUAGAAAGAAGAAGAAUAUUGUCAAAACUAAGAUAGGCCAGUUCAAGCCGAGCUUGUCACCAAAAAUUAAAAGUGAAGACGAAAGCUCUUCUGAACACAUGCCCAGUAUAAAGGUUGAAUUCGAGUAUGAAGUGAGAGAGCAAGAAAACGACUGCAAUAUACUUGUUUUAAAAAUUUGAAAUGCCUUGCCAUUUGAAGUGUUAAUUUUCCAUUUAUUUUUUUUAAAUGGACAAACAAUAACCCGAAGGUGAACUGGAUGAGAAUGCCUUAUGCCAUUAAGUUCGCCUAAUGUUAAAGUUUUGGCAUUAAAGUAUAAAUAAAUAAACUACAUAAGGGCCCUCGGCCACGGCGACUUUUUGUAGUGAUGCUGUCGCGCGUUUCCGAAUUACUAACGCGCGUUAGUUGCAUUUGCAACGCACUACAGAAGCGAUGCCAACGCGCUACUAACGCGCGACUGUAGCGCGACUGUAUCGAUGCAAACGCGCGACCGUGACGGACGACAUCGGGGAGGGUUACUGCAGCGGUUCCCGAAAGGUGGUCCGCGGAACCCUGGGGUUCCGUGGAAAGGCCGCAAGGGUUCCGUAAAAAAUAUUAUCCUACGUUUCGUGACCGACACGUUGUUCGCUUGCACCGACUUGUUUACGCACAAGGGAGGGAUAGGGCGUGCGGGCGGAGUAGUACGGGGGUUCCGCUAGGAAAAGUAUAAUCAAUUAGGGUUCCUUGGCAAAAAAAAAUUGGGAAACCCUGGGUUACUGAAUCGCGUUUGCAUCACGACAGAAGCGCGAUUAUGCGGGAUAGCGACCGCAUUGCGACUGUAUCGAUGCGAACGUGCGACAGAAUCGCAACUGCAUCGCUACAAAAAGUCGCUGUUGAAUUAAUAUGACCGACUACCCCAACGCAUCCUGUUCUUCCGUUGUACAUGAAUUAAUAUGUAAAUAACUAUGUAAAGUAAUUUUAAUUUAAUUUGUUUAGCCUAACUGGUUAAUUUAAGCUUGCAUCCACCUAUCUAUAUCAGUCUGUCUUUGAAAAUAGGCCUCCUCUUCAGCCUUCCACCGACUUCUGUCCCUGUCCACUUGCAUCCAGUUUAAUCCAGCUUGUUGCCGGAUGUCAUCUGUCCAUCUUUUAUGCGGAAGACCGCAUCCUGACUAUAUUGGGAACUUGGGAACAAAUAC